AUGCCUCGCAGAACGUCAGGGCUGCCACAAGUGCCCACGCGAGCAGUCGCGCCUGAAGAUCUGCCGCCUCCGCCGCCCUAUGCAGGCAAUAAUCCUUUCGCGGAUACGCCUAGCACGAGCAACCGGAAUACCUACACUGCACCUCCCGGACCGCCUCCGGUAGACACACGACCGAGACCCGCUUCCACAGCAGGAGGCUAUGCGUCGCCUCCCCAACCUCCUGCGGCAAGCUCGUCUGCCGGCGCAAACCUGAACAGAGCCUCCACGGUCACUACUGAGAGCAAAUUAGCUAUUCUCAAGAGGUAUGACACCGUCAUUGUCAUCGACGACAGCGCGUCCAUGCAAGUCGACUCGCCUUCUCGCUGGUCGCAAUGCAGAGCGGCUGUGAUGGGCGUUGCAGAUAAAGUGCUGCCAUAUGACGAUGAUGGACUCGAUAUCCUCUUCAUCAAUGAGCCGAGGCGCGGCAUGGGCCUGCGCACGUCUGCAGAAGUUGCAGCACUCUUCGACAGCGUUGGUCCGUAUGGCGAAUCAACUCCGACAGAAGUCAUCAUUGAAGACAUCGGGGGCAGCUACGUUGAGGCGUGCGAAAAGGCAAAGGCCAACAAGACGACGCUCCCCAAGCCGAUGAACGUCCUCAUCAUCACAGACGGAGCAGCGGACGAUCCCGAUACGCUUGCAUACGCUAUUGCGGGCUUUGCGACGCGCUUGGACGAAGGACAUUUCCCCCUCGGACAGCUAGGCUUCCAAUUCGUCAGUCUGGGCGACGAUGCAGAAGCGCUCGCAUCGCUUCAAGCUCUCGACGAUGAUCUCAAAACCGAGCACGGGCUGAAGCGUGACAUUGUCGACACGACUGCUUUCGAGGGCAAGCUUGACACAGAUGCCUUACUAAAGUUGCUGUUGGGGGGCAUCAACAGGAAACUCGACAACGCCAACCAAGUGCCGCCGUUGACGCCGACGCAGCAUUGCGACUGUUCCAGAUUGGCAACGUGCCUGGCUUAUAGCCUUGGGCUAGACGCACAACAGAGCUUCAGAUCUCGUGCGCGACCGGAGCUGAGCCUGUACCCUGCUACCUCCUCGGUCGAAGAGUUCAGGAGCACAGCGGAAAGAGGACCAUCCUGCGAGGCCGCGCUGAUUGGCUUCACGGUCACUCUGACGGCCACGGCUACGCUGCGUAGUUCGAAGAGAGCAGAGCCCACCCUCGGACGCAGCUCACUACGCUAUCCUCUGCUGAUCAGAUCACCUGAGCUCGGUCCUUGCCGAGAAGCUGUCUUGUGCCCGUACACUGCCAGUACCGCAAGCGAAAGGAAGACUCGAGCUUCUAGGCCGAGUCAUUCAGAUAUACUCCUGCGGCCCGGCCGACUCUCGUCACCGCUGGGCCAACGUGACAUGCCGCUUCAUCAUCGACGAGCCAAGCAACUCGACCACUCGCCGCUCAACGUGUCCGCUAACCACCAUGGUCCCGACGAAUUGACACUCCGGCUCGAUCAGGCCAACAAGACAUCAUCAGGCUUAGUCGCCCGGGGACCACUCGACCUGCCAGCUACACCGGGUUCGGCCGCCUCAAUGGACAAGCCUUUCUUUGGCGACUUCUGCCUCAAUUGCGGCAACCCUACACCCUCGGCGAACGCAUACUGCUCCGAUGACUGUCGCCUGGCCGACGAGUCAUCAUCAUCUUCGCACUCUGUUCGCGGCGAUCAAGAUGACGAGUACGAAUACGACGACGAGUCUGGCCUGACCGGGCUCACUUCCGCCGAAGUCUCACCGAUGCUGCAAGCCACGAGCAUUAGCUCCCCGAAUGCGCUAGGCAGACGAAGCAAUCGGACUAGCCCAUUGGCCCGCGCGAGCACUUCACAUGGAAGUCAGCCUACGCUUGGCCAGACCAUCUUCGAGGAGCCGACAGAGUUCAGCUUGCCCCCUCCUGUCGCUGCCUCGACUACAAACGCCGCCUUUUCGCCCAGUGCGACGAAGACACAAGCCAAAAGGGGAUCACCGUUGCACGCUUUGAGGCCAAACGCACCGCUUUCGCCGACGAUACAACCAUCGUCCGUCACGCCGACCGGCAAAGCUCGCUCCGGCCUGACUGAUGGCAUGAUGCAAUACUCUCGCAAGCACCUGGCAGACGGUAUGAACGCGCCAAAGACCGUCUUGCCUGCGCCUUUAUACUACCGCGCGUCGCCCAAAGUCUUGCCUGCGAAUGCAGUCGCUUCCACCUCGUCUCAUUCACCUGCGCAAGGUUCGGGAUCUGACUCGGGUCGAUCUCGCUCUCAUAUCAGUUCGCCUGCGCUCAAGGCAAAGAAGAGUCCCAAGGUCGCACCUGCUCAUCAUGUUUACUGCGGCAGACCGGGCUGCCCCGCCUUGCUUAUGACGGCCGGCUCGGCUCAACGAAGGCUCUCGCAACCCAUGGCUUCUUAUGACACAUCGCCAGCUUUGGCCCCUUAUGACUUUACAUCUGCCGAUCUCAAUCGUCGUGCGCCGGCCAAGCAGGCCGCUUAUCUGUCUGACGAAGCUCUCGACGCGAAGCUACGUGAGCAGCGCAGGCGGCCUUCGGAACCAGCAUCGAUGACUCAUCGCAUGCUCCGAGUAGGCGAAUUCGAUCAUAACGACGAGAAUUACAGGCCUUCAGCAAAGGCGCUUCAUCAUAAUCAUUCGGCUUUCGCAGACAUACUCUUCAGACAUCACAACACCUCGGCGGCGGCGCCGCCUCGCGACGCCUCUGAAGCAAAGCGUUCGCCGCCGGAAGCAGCAACGUCAGAUUCGCUGAGGCGUAGCACCAGCGUUGGGCCUCAUUUCCGCUUGGCGCAGUCAUGCGCAGACCAGUCUCGAUCUGUGAAAAGUGAGGAAGACGACGUCAAGCACCAGCCAGAAGCGCGCAGGCGGACUUCAUCACGACAGAUGCUCGCGCUCAGUGCUCGCCAGAGCUCACUGGUCACCUCUGACAGCACAGACUCGGACUCUGAGGACGAAGACGAGCCUCGCGGUCGACCAGGCCGUCGAGGAGGUGCAACGAUAAAUAGAGCUCGAGUCGAUCGGGAGGAGAACGUGUCUGAAGCAGACGAUGAGCAAACCGAGCUCGUCGCACCCUCUCGCCGAUCGCAGGCAAGGACUUCGUCAGCUUCGACGACUGCGUCUGCAGCAGAAGACAGCGGCAGACCUAGAGGUCGCUCAUCUCGGCGAGGCCCUGGUGCCGUACUGCGCAGCCGCUCGCCAGAUCGCUCGCAUUCGAGACCAUCUCGGACGAGCUCAAUUCAGGCGCAAACCCGUCGAGUUGGAUAG